AGCGGUUGUUUACAGACCUUACAGACACAUCUUGUCUGAAGUGAAAUCUGACGAACAUAAGAUUCGUGGAUAUUUGAGCGUGAAAUAUAAGCCAGAUGGUCUGUGUACAGCGCCGGCAAUAUAACAAUCACAUUAAGUGAAACGAAUAGAUUGACCUAAUAGCUUACUGAUCUACAUAAAUAUUGGAAAGGAGGAGGACAAAACGGAAUAAUGGCUCCCGAAAUCUGUUACCAACUUUUAGAAGCCGAUGACAUAAAGGUGAAAUACGAAGACCCGUUUGAAGAUGAAGAAUACUACUCACCAGUACCUCUGCUGAGGAACGUUCCGUUUUGUAUGGCCAGUGAAAUCAGCAAAACUGAAAUUACGAUUGAGGACACCAAACCGAUUUAUACGAUUGAAACCACACACCAGUCGAACCUUAAUGAGGCACACGGAUGCAAUGAGUGUUCGAAAACAUUUUCGUCAAAAUACACACUUGAGAGACAUCAGCUCGUUCACAGAAAUGAGACCCCUGUCGAAUGCUACAUUUGUGCUAGGCAAUUUAAGUCGAUCGUCUACCUCAAGUGUCACAUGGCUGGAGCUCACACCGAUGAGAAACCAUUCGGAUGCAGCACAUGCGGAAAAAAAUUCAAAUCGAGGGGUCAAUUGAAGAAACAUCAAAUCGUUCACACCGAUGCGAAAUCCUUUGGCUGCGACGAAUGUCCAAAGAAAUUUAAAUCGAGCGUGUUGUUAAAGAGACACGUAGCUAGCUGCCACCGUGACGAGACACCGUUUGAAUGCAAGAAAUGUCCGAAAAAAUUCAAGUUAUUAAGUUCAUUAUACUCGCACAGGGCUUUUCACAUGGAUGAGAGGCCAUUUUCAUGCGAAGUGUGUUUCCAGAGUUUCAAGUUACGUUGCAAUUUAAAGGCUCACAGUCUCGUCCAUUCCGGUAACAAAACCUUUUGUUGUCCAGUUUGUUCCAAGCAGUUCUAUUCACGAUCCAGACUAACGCGGCACAAUGUCGUUCAUUCCGAAGACCGACCAUUUGAAUGCGGGGUAUGUUUGAAGAAAUUUAAAUCGAACGGUGAAUUAAGGAAACACCAAGUCAUCCAUGCCAAGGAUAAAUCGAGACUGAAAUGCAACGAUUGUUCGGAAUGUUUCGAAUCGCUACAUCAACUAAAUGAGCAUUCCGAUGAUCGACACAAAAUCACGUUUGAAUGCUUCGUCUGUUUGAAAACAUUCGAUUCCCGCAUCGCACUACGCAGACAUUUGAGCUUGCAUACCAACAAGGGGGAGAAGCUUUUCGGAUGUGCUGAUUGCAAUAAAAAAUUCUAUUUAAAGAAUCUACUGGAGCAGCACAAGGACGUUCAUAACAAGUUUGCAGCAAAAAAGUUUGAGUGUGACAAAUGCGCGAAAAAAUUUCAAUCCAGCCAAAGGCAUAGGAAUCACGUGUAUCGAAUCCACAACGGAGAGAAAUGUUUCGAAUGCAAAAAAUGUCCAAUAAAAUUCAAAUAUAGAACUGCGCUUAACCGUCACAUGCUCAGUCAUGCCGAAGACAAGUCAUUUACGUGCGAUGAAUGUUCAAAAAGUUUUAAAACGAACGAUCAACUAACUAGACACUUGCUCGUCCAUACCAAUCGAAAACCAUUUGAAUGUAACGAAUGCCCGAAAAAGUUUCGAUCAGGCAGUGCACUACAAUGUAACGAAUGUUCAAAAAAGUUCAAAUCCACCGGUGACCUGAAUCGUCACACGUUGGUCCAUCGAAAGGAUAGACCGUUUAGAUGCAACCAAUGCGCCGAAAGAUUCAAAACGAACCAGACACUACGCAUACACAUUCUCGUUCACAAAGAUGAUAGACCAUUCCAAUGCAAUCAGUGCGGGAAGAGAUUUAAAGCGGAUGCAGCACUGAAGAGACACAAGGUCGUACAUAGCAAAGUCUUUCCAUUUGGAUGCGACGAUUGCUCGAAACAGUUCAAAUUCAAACAUAAUCUACAGCGACACAAGGUUCUCAUUCAUUCCGGACAUAUCCAAGGUCAUCUUCACUACUUUGUUUGUGAUUAUUGUUCCCUACAAACUGAGAGCAAAACCGAAUUGAUUGAGCACAUGAUCAUCCAUUCGUAAAGAGUCAAAAUAUAGAAAAUGGAAUUUGGCAUUGAAUAAGUUCAGCUUUUGUGAACGCGUAGAGGACUGACCAAUAUUGUUAAGAAUAAAUUGUGUCAUGAAAAUACGA